GUUUACAUGCCUUUGAACAUUGGCAGUCACUGGAUUCUCUUAGUUCUUGAUGUGGGGGAGAAGCGGAUACGAAUUUAUGAUUCUUUAAAUUCAAGUGGAGGACCAUGCAGAAAGAGUAAGGAGUAUUUGCCUUGCAUGGAAAGUCAUUUAGCAAGGUUGAUGGAUGCCAUGGGGGUAUAUGAGGAACGUGGAGAAGAGCCAAUUGGAGACAGGAAAUUGGAAGUGAAGUUUGUUACUGAAUGCCCACAACAGACUGACGGGCAUAGUUGUGGAUUAUUUGUGCUCAAAAUAGCGGAAGCUUUGAUGUGUGGAAG